AUGGCCGACGAUUUAGUAAAAGUCGCCAUUCAAACGUUAGAAGCUUCUUUCGUUCAGGACGCUGGAUAUUUUCAAGAUAAAAGUGUUGGUCACGCACUCGAGAGUCUCUGCCAUUGCUUGCGAGAGAUCAGCGGCAAGCCUGAUUCCUACUCCACGGAAGAGAAACAAAAGCUGGUGAUACAACUGAAACCGCUUCAAAUCAAUCUAUUCCAUCAGUUACUGGUGCGAUUCUUACCAGCGAUCCCAACAUCCGCCAUGAACAGUCUUUUCGAUGCCAUUCUUUGUCAAAUUCAGAUCGAAAUGGAUAUCGAUGAAAGAGCUAGUGACAGCUACUUCGAGUUAUCACUCAGUUGUUUAACGACCAACUCGGUCAUCGAUUAUCUUCUUGAAGUUCGACCGAGUAAUCCUGUCGAUGAGCGUUUUCUUCAGUUAUUAAUCGGUAUCAGUUAUCAGGCGAUGUUAAACAAAAAAAGGAAAUCCUCUGCAAUCACUGUCACACGCAAGAAGACGCCGACUUUUUUCCAAUUGAAUUCAGAAACGGAUCAUCUUCUACGCGUGUUUCUUACCUAUUUUGAUCGCCAUUUUCGAGAUAACCCAAUGAGUCAUCAACAAUUGGUGAUCUUCCAUUGGGUGCAACAACUCAUCGAUUUUAUUGUAUUCGUGCCAUUUUUUGUCAGUACGGGCUAUCCAGAAAUGGCGAUACAAUGGUUAUCCAUCGAGCCGAAUCAGCCGAUGAUCAGCAUACAAUCAUGGCGCGAAUGUCUUGAUCUAGUUCACAAUAUUGCUCGUCAAGAAUCUGGCAUAGAAGCAUUAAAUAAACUGGAAGCGAUUCCGAUUAUCAAAAAGUGGAAAGAACGUUACUUUGACAAAUUUAUAUCCCAGAACGAUGAAAGUUAUGAAGAUCUUCUCGUACUCUAUUACAUGACUUAUGCUUUGUUAAUUGAGCCAGCACUACUCAAACGAGAAGAUACCAUAGAUAUUCAAAUCGCUCUCGGUCAACUUCUCGAUCGAGCUAUUCAAGCAUUUCAAUCAGUGUCUCUCCAGUUUUCUUACUACAAUGUGUCCGAAUUUUUGGCCCCACUGGCAAAAUUUUCCGUCAAUGACAAGUGUCUAUUGCACAUGCUGGCACGUGAAAAUAUGUUUGAAUUUUUUAUGGAGAAAUUUCUCGAAUUCAAUCGACUAUUACUAAGCAGUGCCGAUUCCGAAUCAUCCGAUUUGAAUACUCUCAUUUGCUCACAGUUCUAUACGAUUUUCUGGUCGAUUAGUUUUCAACUAGAUUAUCAUCCUACGAUGAAAAACAAUACGGAAUUCGUUCGAUUUAUAGAACAAAUUGCUGAGAUCGAUUCAAGUAGUGAAGAAAUCGCGAUAAUAAAGAGAUCAGCCAAAGGGAUUCGGUUUAAUCUUGACUUAGAUCAAUCAUUAAUCGUCAAUACUCAAUCAGAGCGAAAGGAUCAGGCCGAUGGCAUCAGGGUCAUGGUUUCCUAUGCGCAUAGAGAUAGUUCGUUUUGUCGGAAACUCGUAAGCAAUCUGCAAGGUCAAGUUCAAGGAGACGUAUGGGUGGAUUAUAUCAAAUUGGAACCACCAUACGAGGACGAUUGGGAAGAAAUAGCCGAAGCAAUUACACACUGUGAUGUAGUAGUAAUGAUUGUAACAGCAAAUUAUUGCGACUCGAAAAGUUGCCGUCGAGAAGUGGUCCAUGCUGAUAAACGUAAGAAGCGAAUGAUACCUGUUUAUCAGGGUUUGGAGUAUGAACCGCCUGAUUGGUUUGAAAUUCGGGCUGGUUCAGCAACGUGGGUUCGCUUCAAUGAUACGAGAACCGAUGAAGAAGUAAUGGCAAUGCUUGUGAAAAUGAUUAAUUCUCAAGAAAAAAUUAAAAAAACUUCAAAUACAGAGACGGUAUCUCAAAAGUUAUAUUUUCCGAGUAACAAUACUGUUCCACCGAAGAGUUCGGAAGUUCUGCCAACACCGUUACUAGUUGCUGUUUCACAACCCACUGUUUCCGAAUCACUCAUCAUAGUUUCACCGGCACUAUCAACUCCUAGAAAACCAAUCGAACAGUGGACUGGCGCAGAAGUUCAGCAAUGGCUUCGUUUACCUAUAUCUGUCCUACAGCUGUCGUGUGGUCGUGCUUUGUUAAGCUAUGCACGACUGAUAUCAGACGAGGGCACUCAGCGAGAUGAAUAUGAACGAAUUCUCCGAGAUCGUGGCCUAACUCGUGAGCAAUGGGCGAAUCUACUCUCUUCCUUUUCGACUCUUCGUACUCUGCAUACGAUACAAGCAUCACCAAAAACUUCGCCUGAACAGUGGUUAAGCUGCGAAGUUAAAUAUUGGUUCGAAAAAAACAACCUACCGAAUUAUCUACUAGAUACGCUUGCCUUUGUCGACGGAGUGGAACUUGUCGUUUACGCUAAGAUGAUGACUGACUCAUCAGAACGCAUCAACGUGGAAUACGAUCGACUUCGAUUUAGAAUUCGAGCACGCUAUAAUGGGCAAGAUCUUCUUCAAUUAGACGAAUACGCUCGAUUCGUACGUGCUCUAAGAAGUAUUGUCGAGCAAUUAGAAGUGCCACUCGAACCGUGCCAAGCGACAGAAUCCUGCAAUAUUUGA